GGGAGCAAUUGAACUGACUUUCUAGCUGAGCAGCUGCAGUUGUGUGUGGUUGCCUGCAUGUGAGUAUUUUGCAGGAACCCUCUGGGAUCCAUCACGUCAGAGGGCAGCCUGAAAUCUCCUGUGUCCUGUAGGCUGUAGUGCUGAGGGACAAGGAAUCCCUAUGCUGGUUACUCAACCAGGAUUACAUCAGGAGCAACCUGACAAGAGAGAGAGGAGGGGAAAAAUCUGACAAGCUUUCUUGACAAUUACGACUUACGCAAUGUUAUCACUAACUUGUGGACUUUUUGUGCAAUGUGGAGCACUGAGACAGCUCUAGCACCGGCUGCUGCAUGAGGAAAGUCUGCAUGUUUGUAUCGAGUGUUGCUUUGACUCGAGUUUAGUGUCAGUUAACAUUACCAGAGCUGACAUGCAGAAUGUACCGGAGGAAUGGAGGGAAGCAGAGGAAGAAAAAAGAGGUGCGAGGCAUGCCGAACCCUGGGAUGAGAAGAUGUUAUUCCAGAGAAAAGGAGUCUCUGGGGAUUCAAAAAAUGAGAAGAAUGAGGCAGAGUGUGGCAAUGGAGAGAUAAAAGGAGAGUGCCAACAGAAAGGAGAGACAGGCAAUAAGGAGGUGGAGGUGACUGACAAAGAAUCACUGAUGAUGGAGCUGACCAGGAUGGUGCAGAAGACGGUGAAGGAGAGCAGUUGGUGGGAGAAGAGAGGCAUUGACUGCUGCAUCCUGGCGGCAGCAUUCCUCUGCCUGCCACCCGCCUUUCUGCUGCUGGGCUCCUCUCAGAUCCUGUGGUUUUCAGCGGGGAUGCUGCUGAUGGGCGUGGCUCAUGCUGUCAUCACCAUCAAGGGAACCCACCUCGCCAGCCACGGGGCACUCAGCGAGUCCCAGGCCUGGGGGGAGUUCUGGGCCGUCUUCUUCAUCGAGAUAUGUGGCUCAUUCACAGCGCGAGCAGGAGUGCAGGCCCACAUUAAGAUGCAUCAUGCUCACACUAAUGUUAUUGGGCUGGGCGACUCCAGCACGUGGAAGAUUCCCUUCCUGUCCCGCACCGUCUACCUGUUCAUAGCCCCCCUGGCGGUACCCAUCAUUACCCCUCUUGUUGCACUAGGUCAACUCAAAGAACAUUCUUUGGCUCAGGCCUUCAGGACUGUACUGAUGGUAACACUCGGCCUGUAUUCCCAGUACUGGCUGCUGAUCAACGUCUCUGGGUUCCAGUCACCGUACAGCACCUUGCUCUGCAUGCUUGUUUGCAGGGCAAUGUUCUCUCUGCCUUACAUCCAUGUCAAUAUUUUUCAGCACAUUGGCCUUCCCAUGUUCUCUCCCACACGCCGGCCCAAGAGGAUCUACCAGAUGACCCAUGGGGUCCUGAACCUGCCACGCAAUCCCCUGCUGGACUGGACGUUUGGACACUCACUCAUCAACUGUCACGUGGAGCACCACCUCUUCCCCUUCUUGUCUGAUAACAUGUGUUUAAAGGUAAAACCAAUUGUGUCCAAGUAUCUGAAGGAAAAGAAGCUUCCAUACCAAGAGGACAGCUAUCUCUCCCGUCUGCACCUCUUCUUCCACAAAUACCAGGAACUGAUGGUAUUUGCCCCACCAAUCACAGAGCUGGUGGGAGUACAGUGACGGAGUGAAGUUGGCGUAGAAAGAGGAGAGAAACUAUUCUGUCUCAUGCUGCUAUGCACUCAAAUACUGCGACUGUUUCAAAGCACAAGCUUCAUCGUUCAAGUGCAUGUCUGCUGGCACUGACACAACGUGCACAAUCCAUGUUUUGUCAAUCAACAGCAAUCAAUAUACAUUUUGAAUCCAAAAUGCAUAUACAUGGCAAGAUGAGAUUACAUUUUUAGUUUGCUCUAACAUAGUAAUUUUAAACUUAAGCAAAUCAAUUGAAUAUGACCCCCUCAUGAUUGAAUAUUGUAUCAUAUCACUUAAUAAAAUCACUUAAUCAGCAGCCCAAAGGCGAGAGCUCCACUGAAUGUUGACUUGAUUGAGCUUAAUGAGUGCUCCAUUCAAUGUCACAGUGGGAGAUUAAUCACAGUCCUUGAAUUGACCUGUUUUCCUACUGACAGAUGGUGUUGUUUUGUUGUUGUCAAUGCAAGCAUUUAUUUUUCUGUGUCCUUAUCUCAAAGGCACAUGCUUGACUGCACUGUAGUUACAGUCUGUAAUGAUACAGAUGUAUUUAAAGGUGUUGUUAAAGGCAAACACGUUUUUCCAGCUGAGAAACUGUAUUAAUCCAAAUUGUUUUAUUGCUAUCUUUAUUGCCACAUUGUCUUAGUAUCCCAAGUCCUAUGCUGACUGUACUUAUAAAAAGUUGUUCUUGAGUGAUAUGCCUGAUUCAAUAAAUUACAGCAUAUACAAAAUAAAAUAAAAUUUAAAAAACUA